CUGGCUUCUUUGUUAUUUGUAAAGUCCUGCAGUUCGCAACUAUGACACACUUCGCGCUGACUUGUGCCGGCCCAAAUGCCCGAUGCACUCCAAAACGGCGACAAGAUUUCCUCCGGAGUUUUUUUGCAGUGGCGUAAAUAGAGGUCUGGAUCUAAUAAUUGUGCAGUGUGGGCUCUGGGACUAUGAGCAUAAGCGACAAGGGGGGCUACUUAGUGGACCUGGGAGGCAGCUUCACUGAGGAUGCUCCUAGACCUCCAGUCCCUGGGGAAGAAGGUGAGCUGGUGUGCAGUGAUGGACGCCAGUACAGCAACCUUGGCUUUUCCUCAAAGAAUGAAAGCCUCAAAUGUGAGGCCUCUGUUGCUACACCCAGGCGACCUGACUUGGACCUGGGUUAUGAGCCGGAGGGCAGCGCUUCCCCGACACCACCUUACUUAAAGUGGGCAGAAUCUCUGCACUCCCUCCUGGAUGACCAGGAUGGCAUCCAUCUAUUUAGGACGUUCCUCAAACAGGAGGAGUGUGCAGACAUGUUGGACUUCUGGUUUGCCUGCAGCGGCUUCCGCAAACUUGAAGCGAAUGAAGGCAACGAGGAGAAGAAGGUAAAACUGGCAAAAGCUAUCUAUAAGAAAUACAUCCUGGACAACAAUGGGAUUGUUUCCAGACAGAUCAAACCAGCCACAAAGUCCUUCAUCAAAGACUGCAUCAUGAAGCUUCAUAUUGAUCCUGCAAUGUUUGACCAGGCUCAGACUGAGAUACAGACUAUGAUGGAGGAGAACACCUACCCUUUAUUCCUUAAGUCUGACAUAUAUUUGGAACAUACGCGGACAGGAGGAGAGAGUCCUAAGCUGUACAGCGACCAGAGUUCUGUGUCUGGGAAUGGAAAGGCACUGACGGGUUAUUUGCCGACUUUAAACGAAGACGAGGAAUGGAGAUGUGACCAAGAGCCAGAGGAGCAGCCUGAGUGUGACCCCACUCCGAGCAAACGGCUUACUCAGAAGCUGCUAAUGGAGACGGCACCGCACCGCGUUGCCAACAGCGCAAGAUUCCAGGACAGUCACGAGUACAGGCAUGCACCGUGCCGAGAGCCCGUCAACCCGUACUAUGUCAACACCGGUUAUGCUAUGGCUCCUGCCACCAGCGCCAACGAUAGCGAGCAGCAGAGUAUGUCCAGCGACGCGGACACGCUGUCCCUUACCGACAGCAGUGUAGAUGGGGUUCCACCCUACAGAUACCACAAACAGCAUCGCCGGGAGAUGCACGAAAGUGCCAAAGCAAAUGGGCGAGUGCCACUACCUCAUAUUCCACGCACAAACCGGAUUCCGAAGGACAUACACGUGGAGCCGGAAAGGUUUGCUGCAGAGCUGAUCAGCAGGCUGGAGGGGGUGGUGAGGGAGAGAGAGGCUCAAGAGAAACUAGAGGAGCGACUGAAGAGAGUACGACUGGAAGAAGAAGGUGAUGAACUCAGCACGUCCGCAGCUACAUCAUUGUCCAGUCACAGGUUCCCCCCUGGUGCUUAUCUGCAGAAUUACAACUCCACCUAUGCUGACAGCCCCUACAGCAGUCCUUUUCUGAAAGAUGCACAUGAGGAGAACCCUGAGAGCAUCCUGGACGACCACGUCCAGCGCGUCAUGAAGACUCCAGGCUGCCAGUCACCAGGGACGGGCCGCCAUUCUCCCAAGUCACGCUCACCAGACGGUCUCCCAGGGGGCAGAGGGACGGGACUUGGCAUGGCGCUGUCCUCGGGUCAGGGUAAACAUCAAUCCAGGCACGGACUCAAGGGAGAGACCAGCCACCUGUACCACCACAAACACGUACACCACGUUCAUCACCCAGGUGUUGGGAAGCCUAAAGAGCAGGUGGAUGCUGAGGCAGCCGUGCGUGUACAUGGAAGCUUGCCCUGGGGCACGGAGACAAGUCAUUACGGAUCAAAGUCUCGCACCUACGCUGAUGGCAUGGGCUCCAACCCCAUGGAGCAUCCAAGUUAUAAUAGCAAAGGUGGUGUUCAGGGUAAAAGAAUGUUUAAGAAAGGUGAAGAAGUGCGGCCUCAUGACAUGCCAGGGCAAGCAGAGGACUUGGAGAAAAACCAGAAGAUCCUUUUGUGGCUGAUGGAAGGACAGAAAGAAAUGGUUCGGCAUAAGAAAAGUCCAUACGGAAGUACCACUGGGUCCAAGAAGACCACAGGCCAUGAAGGUUCCCGUCUCAGCUCAGCAGAGCGGUCAGGGUCGGUGCACCCAUGCGUCAGUGCUCAGCUGCGGAACAACGUGCAGCCGUCUCACCCGUUCAUCCAGGACCCCACCAUGCCCCCCAACCCAGCUCCCAGCCCCCUCAUCCAGCUUGAGGAGGUUUGCCGGCGGCUUGAGGAGGAGCAAAUUAAGUCUGGAACUUUACAACCCAAGCAGAGGUAUGUGAUGGAGGUGAUCCAGAGGGGUCGCACCGCAGUCAGGCCGGCACUGUUCCCUCCACUCAGCGUGGUGCCCGCCGUUUCUGACAGCGAGCUCUCCGAGCCCGAACACAAAGCCACUAAGAAGCAACCAUGUGAAAACAUUAUUGUGGCGUAUUACUUCUGUGGAGAGCCGAUACCGUACCGGACGUCCGUCAAAGGGAGGGUCGUCACUCUGGGCCAGUUUAAAGAACUGCUAACAAAGAAAGGAAAUUACAGGUAUUAUUUCAAGAAGGUAAGUGACGAGUUUGACUGUGGGGUGGUGUUCGAAGAGGUACGUGAAGAUGACGCCGUUCUGCCCAUCUUCGAGGAAAAGAUUAUCGGGAAAGUUGAGAAAAUUGAUUGAAGCGCACGUCGAAGAGGAAGGAGUGGGAAACGUUGGGGUAUGAUGGAGCGAUGGUGAAGAGGAAGUGUUUUAGGACUGAGAGCGAGAGAAGAAAAGUGGAAAAGCAAAGCAGUGACUUGACUUUUUAAGGCACUGGAGUCCUUGUGGUGCGCUCGGCACCGCUGAAGUGACGCUGGACUAGAAGAAAAGACUUGAUUCACUUUGGAGUGCGUUGUAGCAUUGUAAAAUUGACUAGACAAAUGAAGAACAAAAGUGCUACUAAAGCUACAUAUUUUUGAUAUGAUGCAUCAUUCUAAAGUAACCACACUUGUAAUUUUUAUAUGUAUUGGUACCAGAUGUGUACAGUUUGUGUUAAAAGAUAACAAAAUUUUAUAUCUAUUUAAGUAUUUAAAAUUGCUAAUUUUCAAUCCUAUUGAAGCAGGAGUGUUUCCCCCUGUUUAAGAUUAUCAAAAUCCUUUACAGGGCUGAUUAUUCUUUUUUUUUUUUUUUACUUAUUUGUGAUCAGAGCCCUUGAGACUCUUAUUGUCUGCUUUUUAAAGUGCUUUCGCUUCAUUUUGUGGCAUUCAGUCAGGCUGCACUUUCAUUGUAACAUGUACCACUGACUGUUUCAAUGUAGGCUGCAACAUUAUUUUCUAAAACACUGAUUGAGCAGAAUAUUAGAAACCCUUGAACUGUCUACUGCAAUCCACUACAACACCUCAGAAACACUUGUAAGAAGCUUAUUGCCAUUAUUGACUCUGCUCAAAUGUUUGGUAUUGUUUUUCAGGCUUGUAAAUUGUGGUGGUGGUGUCUAGGUUUCUAAACACAAAAUUAUAAAAACACUUUCAACUAUAAUGUAAUCUAAUACAACAUCACCACAAACUGCAAUCUUAAAAAUUACCAUAAAUCUGAGUCAUAUCCCCUCUGGUCUCAAAACAAAGUCAUGACACCUUGUAGUAUUUAUUUAUUUAUUUGUUUUGUAAUCACAUCAUUUUGUGUUUAAUUUCUGGUCACUGUGCGUAUACUCAAAUGUAGCCAAUGGCUAUGUAUACACGCAGUCUCUUAUUAGUUUUUACCCAACCCAGCUGCAUGUUUUAAAACAAUUGCCUUGGACCAACACUGUAGAUGGUGCAAUAAUACUGUCAAAAUGAUAUGAUUGGAAAUUGCAAGAUGAGUGUCUAUGCAAGGUGGUUAAAAUGGUGUCGCCUAAUCCACAAACUGCGUAUUUGUUUACAUGAUGCCUCAUUUAAUUAAUUAGGCAUGAAAUUUCUGUUGUUUUGAGGGUACUCUAAUUCAAUUUUGGUGAUUAAUCACAAUCAUUAAUGAGAAAUGAUGCAUUAUUUGAAGUGCCCAAAUUAGAGAAACAGUCUCCAGGGAUACCAGUUGUUGUUGUUUUUUCCCUUUUAACAAUUUCUAGUUUUACACUGGAAGACACUGUUUGGAGUUAGUAUCUUAACACCACUUUCUGUAUAAGAGGUUAGUGUUAAUCAUGCAGAGUUCUCAGGUUAGAGCAGUUCUACCUGUAGACUUGCACGCUCAACAUUAUUCUUUCUUUGCAAAGAAGUCCUAUCACAGCAUUUGAAUGAAAGGGCCAGUGAAUGUCAUCAGGAUGCUUUUAAAGGUGAAGGUUACAUAGUCAUUUCUUCAACAUACUGUAAGUGCUUUACCAUUUUACAGCCUGUGCGGAAGAGAGUUAAGUAUAUUUAGAUUCUCCUGAAGUUCUGUAACCACAUAGAUUUAUGUACUGAGGGCUAACAGACAGUUAAAAUGCCACUAUCAUGUUUACAUCAAGUUUUGUUUUUGUUUUUUGUCUAAGCUUCAUUGGGUUGUUUCUGUGAUCCCCAAGACUUAAUAUCCUAAAUCCUAAAUAGCCUUCUCUAGCUCAUUACAGCUACAUCUUUUGACAAAAAUGAGUUGUACAGUGUGAAUGAUCUACUUUUGAUAGAUCACGUUACACCAAAGAGAGAAAAAAAAAAGUAAAAUCUAGGUACGCUUGUAAUUUACCCCUUAACAUUUAUACUCCACUUCAUAUUGUGGCAGUAAAUAUUAUUUUAUAUCCUUGUUAUACAAAUUUUUAUAUUAAAAUGUUGCCUGUAGAGGACAAGGUGGUAGUUUCAGGAUGCAGCACACAAGUUUGAACAUUAGAAAACGUUACCGACAUUUGGAUGGAACAGUUCAUACAGCUUACAGGACUUUGAAAUGUUAUUGUAACACACAAAAAAAAAAGCCAGUAUAAAUUUACUGUUUUCGCUAUUAGGCAAUGUAAAUGACUCUUGCACUCAAAUAGCACACAAAACGAAUGGAACAAUGGAAAAGCUACAUGAUAUUAAAGGUGCAGUGUGUAACAUUUAGUGGUAAGGGUGCAGAACCCACAGUGGAUGUGAAACACAAGAAAAACCUGAAAGUCCCUCUAGAGUUCGUUCUGGGCUACUGUAGAAACAUGACGGACUCUGGAAGACCUGCUCUCUAUGUAGAUAUAAAGGGCUCAUUUUAAGGUAACGAAAACACAACAAUUCUUACUUUCAAGAUUAAGUAUACACUAACUGAAUCAUACUUAUAAAUAUUGUAUUCCUUUUCUGCCAAUUCCAUUCUGCUACUAAAUCCCACAUACUGCAUCUUUAAGAGUCAAGGCUACCAUGUUUUUUUCCCCUGGCUUUAUGCUGAAGUCCAUAGUGAGGUAUAUUAUACAAUAGAAGCCUUUGUUAAUAUGGAAUAAUAAGCAGAAAGAUGAGUGGACCUUGAGCUCAGAGUGCUGUAUCUACCUAUGUGUGUUUGCAUAGAAACCCAGUGUAUCUUUUUAAAUGCUGCGUGAUGCUUUUUUAGAUGCCUAAAUUGAAUCAAUAUAAUUUUAAUAUAUUUAAUACAAUUGCCUCCAGUUGUCUUAUCUGGUAAAUAUACAUGUUUGAGUAUAUGAUCAUCAAGUUAAAUACUAUAUGUGUCAUCUUGAGUUAUAAUGUUUAUUUCUUUUGAAAUAUACCAUAGGGUAUCAAAUCUAUUAUGAUUUUUACUGUGAAAGCCCCGAAAGUGAACUUCUUUUAUUUAAGAUCAAUGAAAUGUAUAUAAUAAAUAUCAGAGUGCCUUUAUUACUAAACAAAUGUGGGGACAUAAUUACCAGGAAGUAGCUUUAAUAUAUUUUUGUUUAGACUUUUUUUUUCUUUUGCAAAGUCUUGUGUGAUGCGUGUCACUAUUCCACAUUUUCUAUGUAAAUAUGUACAACUUAAAUUGUUAUCAUCCUGAAGCCCAGUCAGCACAUUCAGUACCCUGGACCUGUUUCUGUACACUAAUUAGCAUGGUUACCAAUUCAAGGUAACUGGACAAUAAAUACAUGCA